ACAGUUGCCACCGCGAGGACCGCGACGCUGCUAAAUUAGAAGCCGUUUAUCAACCGGGUGUUUUUUGUUUGUAUGGCCAUCAGGUUUGUAUGGUUUAGUGUGGCGCUACACCACGGUUGCUAAGAAUAACACGCCGAAGUGGAAAAGACGCUCUCGCGUACACGGCACGCAACGACGACGACGCACUGCCGUACCGGCCGGCUCCGUGGACCGCGUUGUGUGUUUGUGAUGCGAACGCGCCCACAUAGAGGGAUCAUUUUAUACUCGCUAUCAUCUGCUUUGCUGGUCGUUGUGACAACAAGUUUGGCCUUGGGAGGCCGCUAACGCAGUAGCAUUUGGAGCAUUGACCAUCGCCCGGCUACGGAUUAGUUCGGUGUCAAGCGUUCUAGUGGCAGCAUCAGAGGUUCCUCGCACGCUGUGGUUUUAACGUCGUUUCGAGAGACAGACAGAAGAAAGGGAAAUAAAAUGGCGAAUCCUAAUCAAGAGAUCAAAUACACCAAACUCUUCAUCAACAACGAGUUUGUGGACGCGAAGAGUGGCAAAACGUUCGUGACGCUAAACCCGGCCACCGAGAAGCCGAUCGCAUCCGUCGCCGAAGGUGACAAGGACGAUGUGGAGGUGGCGGUACGUGCGGCCAAGGCCGCCUAUGCUCGCACCGCACCCUGGCGCCAGAUGGACGCUUCGGGCCGUGGCAGGCUGCUGAACCGGCUGGCCGAUCUGAUGCAGCGCGAUAUCGAUACGCUCGCGAACCUGGAAUCGCUCGACAACGGCAAAACGUUCGGCGACUCGGUGUUCGACAUCAAUUGCGCCAUCGAUACGUUCCGGUACUAUGCCGGCUGGGCGGACAAGAUCCACGGCAGUACGGUACCGUCGGAUGGACCGGUCUUGUCGUACAUCCGCAAGGAACCGGUCGGUGUCGUGGGGCAGAUCAUCCCCUGGAACUAUCCGAUCCUGAUGCUGACCUGGAAGUGGGCACCGGCCCUGGCGGCCGGCUGCACGCUGGUGCUGAAACCGGCGGAACAGACCCCGCUGAGCGCGCUGCACAUGGCCGCCCUGUCGAAGGAGGCCGGAUUUCCGGACGGUGUGAUCAAUGUGGUGAACGGGUUUGGACCGACGGUCGGUGCCGCGAUCGUUGCCCACCCGGACAUCCGCAAGGUGGCGUUCACUGGGUCGGUCGAGACGGGCCGGCUCAUCCUGAACGGGGCGUCAACUUCCAACCUGAAGAAGGUUUCGCUCGAGCUCGGCGGCAAGAGCCCGCUGGUGAUCUUCAACGAUGCUGAUCUUGAAGAAGCGGUAGAAAUUGCUCAUAAUGCGAUCUUCGCCAACCACGGUCAAAACUGCUGCGCCGGAAGCCGUACGUUCGUGCAGGAAGGCAUCUACGAAGCGUUCGUUGCGAAAGCCGCCGAAAUGGCCCGCCAGCGAAAGGUAGGCGACGCGUUCCAGGAUGGCGUCCAGCAGGGCCCGCAGGUAGAUCAGGAACAGUUCACGAAGAUUCUUGGCUACAUCGCUUCGGGUGAGGCGGAGGGCGCAAAGCUGCAGGCCGGUGGCAAACGGUCCGGUACCGUAGGGUACUUCGUCGAACCGACCGUCUUCUCGAACGUGACGGACGAGAUGAAGAUUGCGCGCGAAGAAAUCUUCGGCCCGGUGCAGAGCAUCCUGAAGUUUAGCACGCUGGACGAGGUGAUCGAGCGGGCCAACAGCACGGAGUAUGGGCUGGCGGCGGGUGUCGUCACGAAGGACAUCAAUACCGCCAUCACCUUUACGAACGCGGUCGAGGCCGGUUCCGUGUGGGUCAACUGCUACGACUAUGUGGUGCCGACGACGCCGUUCGGUGGCUACAAGCAGUCCGGAAGCGGCCGCGAGCUCGGCUACAGCGGUAUUGAGCUGUACCUGGAAACCAAAUCCGUCACGAUCAAGCUACCGUCGAAGGUGUGAACGCGGCACAUUCGGCCGGCGUGCUCAGCUUCCGGUGGCAGCAAUAAACUCCAGCGAAGCAUUUUAAAAUUUCUUUCGCAUGGGUGUCAUAAAA